AUGGAAAUUCUCAUUGACUACGAGCCAGAGCCCGCCGGCUACUCCAUGAAGUUGAUUCGAUCGGAAUUCAGAAGCAGCGGCCAGCCACGGCGGAUCACUAUGCUUCCCCAACUCGACAUCAAUUUCCGAUUCGUCUGCAGAUUCAAUCACCGGCGUCGGCCCUCACUCAGGAUCUCCGUCCGCCGGAAUCUUCUACAGGUGUCGUCCUACCAUCAGACGCGCGAGGCCCUGGAACAGGUUCUCCAGAAGCUUCUAGCGCCGGCGGACAACGAGGAGGUUCGGGAGAUGGCCGGUUAUGCGGCCCGGAGGGCCUUGGAGGUUGCCAAGGGCCGGCCCGAGGGCCGUGAUGUACUCGACAUGUUCUUCACCGUUUCUGAGCAGAAUUAUCGGUGA